GCUUUGUAAUAGGGGAACUAAGUUAGGAGUUCAGCCACAGCAAAGAAAACCCAGAGAAGUACAGGAAGGAAAAAAAUAAUAAAAAUCCCUUUCAGCUCUGAGCUCUACUACUAUCUCAAGUCUGUCAUGUAACAGAAGAUUUUUUUUUUUUAUCAUCAGCAAAAGCAGCAUUUCAUCAAAAACUAGGUUGUUCAAGUUUCACAACUCUACAUCAUGUUGGGAAAGAAGUUGGUGACUGCUCAGAAGAGAGGGGAGACAAGAGCCCUGUGCCUGGGACUAGGAAUGGUUGCAUGCUCCAUGAUGAUGUACUUUUUUAUUGGGAUCACCAUUGUGCCUUUCUACACUAAGAGCGUUUGGACAACAGAAACUGUGUGCAAGGUACUCAAGGCCAACAUCGAGGACAAAGUUCUCUGCCCAGACAGCGAAGGAUCAGAGGAUGAGGACAUCUUUUCUUAUCCCUGUCUACAGGUGUGGGUUAAUCUGACAGCCUCGGGACAGGAGGUUAUGCUGUACCAGACUGAAGAUACACUGGAAAGAAAUCCUAAGUGCUCGUACGUCCCAGACAAGUCGGAGAACUCUAAAGAAGUUAAAGCACGAAUAGAAACAAUUGCAAGCAAUUUCAAAAAAUACCACACUUUCCCGUGUUACUAUGAUCCAGGAGGAACACAGACCAAUGUUAUUUUAAGCAGACUUUAUCCCCCCAAAGGCCUCCUCUUUGCUUUCCUCUGGCCUACACUCAUGUUUACUGGUGGAUGUCUGAUUAUUGUUCUGGUAAAAAUUAGUCAGUAUGUUUCUGUUCUUUCUGCUUGGCAGUAGAAAAUAAAUUUCUAGCACAGAUUGUUGCAAAAUAUUAAAAUGCUUUUGUUCUGCCUGUUACUGGCAUUCUGUGACUCUUAAUAUACCAGGUGUCCAUCCAAGGGCAGGCAUUUCAAAGAACUGAAUGGCACCCACUAUGGCUGGCAACCCAUUACCCAAGGAGAAAAUAUGAUUCCCGGGAAUGUCUGAAAAUACCUCAUAAGCACAUGGACCAAGUUACUGUCUAUUGUUUCCCUGGGCUUUAUGAGGUACAGCUGCUUUGCAAAUCUACAAUUCAAGUUUACUACUAAACUCUUGUUCCACAUUUUAGAUGUGGUGCUAGUUUUCCGACUGAUUGAGAUUAGUUUGUGCCAGAUCCAUAUACAUCAUCACUGGCAAACACAUCCUAUAUACACUUGUACACCAACACAUUAAGUACUCAUGGUGUAUUCUUCUUGUCUGUUGAGAAAGGCAGCUUUGUUAUGGUGCAAAAAGAUGUUUGUUUUCAUGGCUUUCUUUCUGCUUUUGGGAAAGGGGAGGGAGAAAACCACUCAAAAUAUACACACACAGACUUUACAAAACUUGCCCUCUAAUCAUCUAGCACCAGUUGUAUAUAAAGAAAUGCAUAAAGUACAGGGUACAGGAAAGAAGCUCAUACUAGAAGUUUUUGUAUUUAACUCAAAUUUUAGUCUUGCUUUAUUUGAAACAAGUGCACCACUCAAGGAAGGUUACCUGCCUGCUAUUUGCAUAGAUUAUAAAAACUGUUAAGGAGAGGAAGCUAAGACAUAAAGAAUAUUAUUAUUAAGUAGGGUCCUGGUUCUGGCCAGGACAGGGUUAAUUUUUUCAGUAGCCAGGAGGAGGCAUGGCUAGGACCCUGAUGUUAUGCUAUACCACCUCAUGUCAUUUUCCAGGGAUGGGGAAGGGCUCUCUUCUGGGUCGGUAGUGUGGGCAGAGGGAGCAGUUGGGUAUUGUUGGGAGCGAGAACUCAUGUAAAUCAUUCAUUUCUUGUACACUCUUUUAUUAGCAUUGUUGCUGUUACUACUGCUGUGUUCAUUGUCUUAUUUCAUUGCUGUUUCCAGUAAAUUGUUCUUACAUCAGCCUGUGAUCUUUACCUUUUGUGCCUCCAGUUUUCCUCUCCAGCCACCCACAGGGAGGAGGGGAAAUGAGCAAGUGGCACAUGGUUUGGAGUGUUUUGGUGGGGACACUAAAUUGGGGAAUACCAUUCUUAAACCACAAAAAGUAGAAAACACCUGUGAUGCCUUACUAAAUACAAGAAGCUAAUGUAACAGACAGAAGUUUACAUGCCUAGCAAAAAGAUAUUUCAAAAGAGGUAUUUUUGUUUCCAGUGCCAAGACUCCUAGGAAUGCUCUGAUGCACAUAUAGAGACAUUCUCUAUUCUCUCAAAAUAACUCUGUUUCUCUCAGCCAAAUUUCAACUGCAACUGGACACCAGAGGAACAUGAGAUACUUCCCAUAUACUGUAUUUGACUGGCAUUCGGAACACAACUAGUACAUGCUUUUUCAUCACACAACUGAUAAACCACUAGAAGCUAUCAUUCACAGGAAAGUUGCAAGGCUUAGAUAUAAAUUAAAAUUCAUUAAAUUACAGUGGAAAAAGUUAUUCUCGUUAAUGUGGCAAAAGUCUGUAUUGUUUACUGUAAUAAAGAGAAAGGUUGAAAU